AAGCGAUGACUCGGUAUCCCAAACAGGAAAUGGGCGAUCCCACGGCAGUAAGCGCCUGUUUGCGAGUGGACGCCACACAAUAAUGGAAGGGCGGUUCUUUUGUCCGCUCAUCCCAAUCCGCUGGACAAAGGAAAGCACUCCCUCUUCGGAUGUUGGCCACAGCGCUUUCCCCUUUUAAACGACUAAAGAUGCAGCUUCCUUUGAGCCACUCCCCUCAGGACAUUGUUCCAUCGUGCUGCAUCCCCCAACACACACCGCGUCCAUGUUUCGACGAACGACACCAAUAGGCGGUCUCCCGGCCGAGCUGCUUUCCUACAUCUUUUUACUCGGCGCGUACCGCCCUCCGGAAGAGGACGCUUCGGGAGAAAAUCCUGCUGGAGAGGCCAACCAUCUUUCGCCAUGCAUGACCUACAGCUACGCGUUCCCUUGUCUCGUCUCCGCCGUGAGUCGCCAUUGGCGAGGCGUCGCACUCUCAACGGGCCAGUUAUGGAACAAAAUCCCUGUCACCGACGAAGACUCGGAUGACUUAAACGACUUGGAGGGCACUAGCUUCAAGCUCGCUCGUCUGUUCCUGUCUCGUUCAGGCACCGCGCCUCUCGACAUCAUGGUGGACGCGCGGGAUCCUGAAUGGGAUUUCUCGGAAUACGACACGUCUACUGCUGGCAGCACCCCCGGUAUCGACGAAGAGGACGAGAACGAAUACCGACACCCGUUCACGGAAGGGCACAUGAACGCGGCCAUGCAGAUGCUGCUGCCGCAUCUGCACCGAACUCGCUCGCUAGCGAUAUUCACGGAUCGCUGGGUUCCCAUGCAAACUGUGCUGAACGCCCUGAGCCACGAUGUUCCUCGUGCCCCGAUGCUGGAGAGCUUGAUCCUGAUGCGGUGCAACGAGUUCGCGGCGUACACGCCCGACUUCAUACCUCAAGAAUGCGGUGUCCACUGGCUCCUUCCGUUCGGCAGCUGCGUGGGUGGCCCGGCGCUCCCGCGUCUCCAACGCCUGAUACUCUCUGGCGUGCAUAUCAAGUGGAAGUCGCUGCCUGCCUUGCUCCCGCAGCAGACACGUCUUCGCCAUCUCGAGUUGACGUACCACUGCAGUGAUGUCCGUCCGAACAAGGCCGAGCUGCACAAAUUGCUAUCUGUCUGCUCGCAGCUGGAAGAACUCAACCUCAAGGUAUCGCUGCCUGAAGACGAGGCUGAAUUUGGGCAGGAGACGACUAUGGAAAACGUAGAGCCUGUGCUCCUUCCGAAGUUGAAGACGCUCAAGCUAGGCUACGACGAUAGCAUCUUGGGGCAAGAGUUCCUCGAGCUGAUCCGAGCUCCGAACGUACGCACCCUCGUCCUCGAAGACGCGUCAUACGCGGCGUCUGAAGUUGUGCAGGAAGCGACCAAGCUGCUCGUCCAGAUGGCCUACCCUGGCGGCCGCCACAGCCGCGCACGGUCGCUCUUCCCGCACCUCGAGUCCCUCGAGCUCGGCCGCACACAGGCCACCCAGGAGGCGUUCCAGAUCUUCUACUCCACGCUUCCCCGCCUGCGCUCGCUCACGCUGCGGGAGACCCCUGUCGCUGCGGCGCGCGCACUCCGCCCCAGCAGCCCUUACGAUGUGCAGCAGACGUGCCCGUGCGCGCUGCUCGACACGCUCGUCGUGCGCGGGUUCGAACCGUGCGAGGACCCGCUGCUGUCCGAGAUCCUUGUGGAGCGCACGAACUACGGCGCCGUCUUCCGCGACAUCCGCCUGGAGCCGUGGUUCGGCAUCCCCGAGGAGGACCUCGAGGAGAACGAGGAUCGGGUUGUGGGCGAGCCCGUCGGCGAGUGGCUCAUGCCUGACGGGCAGCCCAUUCCCCCGGCGUCCCCAGGCCCGGCGACGGAGCCCGUCCCGCGCUCUGCGGAUGGGCGCGUGCUGAUGCAGAUGGGUCGUGGGGGCCUGCCCCCGCCGACGCCGUUCGAGUUCGUAAUUGGGAGGAUGUCAGCCGGGUAUCCUUGAGCGCAGGGUUUUUGAACGUCACUAUGCUCACUAUGCACGAAUGUACACUAUGUGUUGCUGCGAUGGUACCGCCGUAGGCGUAUGAAUAUGUGUAGGCCUUCUAUGUGCUCUCACGAUGUGUCGCGACGCGUCGCCCCAGUGACCUCUCAAAUUAGCCCUGGAGGACGUCGGUAUUUGCGAAGCAGAUGUAUGUUUUUCUUUCUUGUUCGCCUUGCAUAUCAGUGCAUUCAAGGCCUUUCACUGGCCCAAGA